GUCUUAAUUGAAAGUGCAGAGUAGUUAUAGGGUGUAGGCUAUCUAUGUCAUCAAGCCCGGAUCAGUUAACAGUCUCCAGUACCCAAUUAUUUACAGCGUUGACAGCUAAUCACAGGUCAAAUCAGUCAACUUCAAUGCACUUAAUACAUAGAACUCAACUCAUACCAUCAACUGAAGCAUAAUGUUCGAGAAAUCGCUCUAUGACCUUAUCAAAGGUCUGAGAAACCAUAAAGGGGCGGAGGAGGAAUAUAUACAAGAUAGUCUACGAGAGUGCAAAGCUGAGAUCAGGUCUCAGGACAUGGAUAAAAAGGCUACUGCGCUCUUGAAAUUGAUUUAUUUGGAAAUGUUUGGGUAUGAUAUGUCAUGGGCUUCUUUUCAUGUUCUAGAAGUCAUGUCGUCAGCAAAAUACCUACAGAAACGAGCCGGCUACCUUGGAGCGGUGCAAAGCUUUAGGCCAGAUACAGAAGUGCUAAUGCUAGCAACCAAUCUCUUAAAGAAGGAUCUAAUAUCUCCAAGUAUUCCGAACAUGUCGCUGCCUUUGAUCACACUGCCUAAUAUCACAACAACUUCCUUGGCCAUGUCUUUACUCCCAGACGUUUUAUCUCGGAUUUCUCACACCCACGCUGUCGUCCGGAAAAAGGCUAUUGUAUGCCUCUAUAGGCUGACUUUAGCUUACCCUGAUGCACUCAAACUAGCAUGGCCUAAAAUUAGCGAACGUCUCAUGGAUGAUGGAGAAGACACCAGUGUCACCACCGCGGUACUAAAUGUGGUAUGUGAAUUAGGAUGGCGAAGGCCUCAUGAUUUUCUACCUCUUGCGCCAAGGUUCUUUGAGUUACUGGUGGAAGGGGGCAACAAUUGGAUGGCUAUAAAAAUAAUCAAACUUUUUGCUACAUUGACUCCCCUUGAACCACGAUUGGUUCGGAAGCUGCACCGUCCAUUAGUAAACAUUAUUGAAACAACAACAGCUAUGUCAUUAUUAUAUGAAUGCAUAAACGGUUUGAUUCAAGGUGGUAUACUUGAUAGCGAUGCAAAAAUCGAAGAGAAGGAUGAGAUUGCAAACUUGUGUGUUGGCAAGCUCCGGGGCAUGGUGGUUUCUGAUUCCGACCCAAAUCUAAAAUAUGUAGCACUCCUAGCAUUCAAUAGGAUUGUGCAUACCUACCCGGUUUUGGUAUCCAUGCACCAGGACGUGAUAAUGCACUGCUUGGAAGAUGCCGAUAUUUCAAUCCGCUUACAAGCUCUUGAACUCGUAACAAAAAUGGUGACGAGUGAAACAUUACAGUCAAUUGUCAAUCAGUUGAUUGGCCAACUAAUGAACCACGGACAAAAAAGUAGCAGAGACUGGAAUGAAGUUGAAGAUGCGGGUCUAGAAUAUAGUGCUUCCGAUUUGCGAAAAGAGUCAACGAACCCCGAAGCAUUUUCUCUACUCCCAGCUGACUACAGGAUCCAAGUUCUGCAUCGUAUUCUCGAUAUAUGCUCUCAGGACAAUUACUCAAACUUGCCAGAUUUUGAAUGGUAUGUGAAUGUCUUGGUGCAAUUAGUCAAUCUUCUUCCUGCAGACGCUGAAGGCUCUCUCACGCAUAUGACGAAUGAUGAGCUUGAAAACGACCACCAGAACUAUAUUACAGGCCGGAUUGGGUCCGAGAUCCGCAAUGUUGUUGUUCGUGUACGGGAGGUUAGGGAGGAGGCAACUCGGGCAGCUGAGUCUUUGAUUCUUGUUGACAACAGAAGGUCUUUGUUCUCCGGAGUGCAUGCCCCGUGCAACAAUAUCCUGGGUUCUUUAGCUUGGGUUGUUGGCGAAUAUUCCGGAUAUCUCUUGUCUCCGGGCCGAACGCUUGAGACUUUGGUUGAUCUAUCUAACAUAUCGUUGCCAGGGAGGACUCUUUCUCUCUACAUACAAGCUAUCCCCAAGGUUCUCAUUACUAUCAUUCGUGAUUGUCACCCACGAUUGGACUCAAAAAAUCGAAGUGAAGUUGCACUUAUACUGGCACGGGUCAUUGAGUUCCUAGAAAUUUUGGGAGCACAUCCCGACUUAGACGUGCAAGAAAGGGCCAUCGAGUUUGUAGAGAUUAUGCGAUUAGCCGCGGAUACCAUCACCCCGACUGAUCCCAGUUCUCGCGACACGCCUUUCUUGCUCUCUUCGGCGAUUCCCGGGUUGUUCCAUGGCCUCGAACUAAAUCCAGUCUCCAUCAACGCUCAACGCAAAGUUCCUUUGCCAGACCAGCUUCAUCUAUACCGGCCUUUCAACAAUGGUAUUUGGGGAAUAUUCAGUCAGGACUUUAGACAUCAUGGAGUGGACGCGAAGCCCUUGUUUCAUGAUUUCUAUUCCAAGGAAGAGGCAUCAAUGGUUGGUAAACAGUUUCUCGAUCAGGGCCCAGAUGACAUGCAGCCUGCCCCAUCAUAUCAAAAUACUGGAGGUGAUUUUCUCGUUGAUCCAGCAGCUUUUAUGAGGCGCAAACUGGACAGGAGAGAACACAGCCGUGAUGACCCCUUCUAUAUUGGAACUGAAGAUUCAGGGUCUGGCAUGCCACGGCUGUCUCACCUCUCCCUAAAUGCGUCGAGCGAUGACGAGCUAGAUAUUGACUCUAUCCCAAUAAUUGAUCUCAAGUUGAGCGAUGUGAGAAUCCGACGUGGUGAACACAUGCCCUCCCCCGUGCCUAGCGAAAGUCGGACAACACUUGGGUUUCGUUCCAAGAGAUACCAUGUAAUUCCGGACGAGAUGAUCGGGGGCGAAGAGUCAAUUGGAGAAACAAUACCUGCAGUGUCCACCAAAACCAACAGGCCGCUCCUUCAAAUUGAUUCUAGCGGUCUCGAGCGCAAUGCAGGGAAAAAAGGCGUAUCAUCGCGUGUUCCAAACAUUGACUCCAGACCUGAAGGUGAUGAAGAGGAAGCCGUGGCAUUGCAGCAUUUGGCAAAAGUUCGUUUGGAGAUGCAAAGAGCGUCUGAGCGAGUGCAUCCAGCGGACAUCCCAGCCGAGGGGACAUUGGUUAAGAAGAAGAGAAAGGUCAAGAGGCCUGGGGUCUCCGAAUCACUGCAGAGUAGAGGACAAAAAGGCAAUCAUGUCUCGUCCUUGGAUAGAAUGGAGAAACGCCAACAAAUGAGGGGGGAAGCUUUGGUGGAGGAACAGAGCCUAACGUGAAAAAAUGGCAAGGUGCUGUAGUAGUAUUUAGGAAGAGGAAAUAAUAUGGAUUGAAGCAAGACC